GCUGCUUGCUCUGAAAUGAUGUUUUUGAACAAGGUAUUGCAGACAAAUUUAAGGAUUUCUCUCCCCAAACAGGAGUAUCUAAUUAAAGAAGGAAAUCUGAGCCGUGGAGCUGUAGAUAUGAUUGGAGACUUACUGAAUGAAGAUUCUAGCUAUUACCUGUCUUUUAUUGAGAGCCUGAAAAGUGAUGAUCUCUUCUCUUACGAAAAAAGAUAUGAUGAAAUUGUUGGUGGAUUUGAUCAAUUGCCUAUAUCCAUGUAUCAAGCCAUUGCGGAAAUGGUGCAUUUAAAUGCUCAAGUAAUCAAGAUACAACAUAAUGCUGAGAAAGUCAGAGUGGCAUAUCAAACUCCAGCAAAGACCUUGUCAUAUGUGACAGCCGAUUAUGUCAUUGUAUGCUCCUCAUCAAGGGCCGCCCGUCGCAUCUAUUUUGAACCUCCCCUUCCUCCAAAGAAAGCACACGCUUUGCGGUCUAUCCACUACAAAAGUGGCACCAAGAUCUUCCUC